AUGCACCACGAACCCAAAACCGAUGUCGAAAAUAACACCACCUACCCAGAGGGCGGUCUCCAAGCCAACCUAGUCGUAGGUGGAAGCUUCAGCUCGAUAAUGGGCGGCCUGGGCCUAAUGAACAGUAUCGGAAUCUACCAAGCCUGGAUAUCAACCCACCAACUUUCAGCCCUAAGCGCAGGCCAAAUCGGGUGGAUCUUCGGAAUAUACAAUUUCAUGGUCUUCUUCUGCGGUAUUCAGAUCGGUCCUAUCUUCGAUGCUCGCGGUCCACGAUUACUGAUGUGGAUUGGUUCCGCGCUGAUUAUCAUCACAUUCGUCGCUAUGGGCUUUUGCACCCUCUACUGGCAUUUCCUCGUCGUUAUCGGGAUUCUGGGUGGUAUGGGAACUAGCUUUAUCUUCAUUGUCCCGGUUGCUAGUAUUGGGCAUUUUUUCAAUCGUCGACGUGGCGCUGCGACGGGUCUGGCGUUGUCAGGUGGAAGUAUCGGUGGUGUGAUUUUUCCACUUGUUCUUGAGAUGCUUGCUCCGAAGAUUGGGUUCGCAUGGUCAACUAGGAUUAUUGGAUUGAUUACACUGGUCCUCCUCAUUCCUGGCGUCGUUCUCGUGAAGGCGAACCACCCGCCUAAACCGCCCUCGCCGCCGUCGGCGAAGGUGUUUUUGCCUGAUUUGAGUAUACUCAAAAAUCCCGUUCUGGCGCUUACCACGUUGGGUGUUUUCUUUAUUGAGUGGGGUUUCUUUAUCCCGCUUGAGUAUAUUGCUUCGUAUGCUCUGGCUAAUGGAAUUGAUCGGAGAUUGUCUUAUAUGAUGGUUGUGUUUUUGAACGCGGGUUCGUUUCCGGGGCGGUGGUUGCCCGGCAUUCUGGCUGAUAAAAUUGGUCGAUUUAACACCCUGCUCUUGACGAAUAUUCUUUGUCUGAUAUCUGUUUUGGCGAUUUGGAUGCCGGCCGGUGGGAAUGUUGUUGCUGUUAUAAUUUUCUCGGUCGUCUUUGGUUUCGCCAGUGGGAGUAAUAUCAGCCUUGUUCCUGUUUGUGUUGGGGAAUUGUGUCCUGUUGAGAAUUACGGACGCUAUUAUACGACGGUGUAUACCAUUGUCAGCUUUGGGGCUUUGACAGGAGUUCCGAUUGCGGGAGAAAUUCUCCACCGCUGCAAUGGCGAGUAUUGGGGUUUGAUCGCCUUUGCUGGGUGUGCUUAUGCUGCUGGCAUUGUGUGUUUCUCGCUGACAAUGUGGCUGCGACGGAAGGGGGUGAAGAAUUGA